CAGCGCAUUCAGCACAAAACUGUGCACUUGUGUAACCGCUAUUAGAAGUCAAAUCAUGACUUUGUGCCGCUUACGAUCCUGUGGCCGCUUCUAUCUGGCCCUAGUGUUCGCGAUUUUGCGAAACGCGUGACGUGCCUUGACAGUACCGAUGCGGACAAGGAUAUUAUUACCGAUCACUCAGUGCAGACGACAAUGUCUGGAAGCAGCGAUUCUGAAGAAUUUUUUGAUGCGGAGGAUGAUACUUUUCAUAAUGCACGAAAAAGUAAACAACGUGAUUCUACCGGCAUUGAAAUACAAAACAAGGACACGUCAGAGUUCUCUAAAAAAAUGGACGAUGAUGUUUUUGUGAAACCUACUCAACCUAAACCAAUUGUAGAACCAAAGGAACAUGUAACAAUAGAAUGUAUAGUUAAUAAAGAUAAAAGUGAGGAGGAUGGAAAGGAUUCUAGUACGGAUAAAAGUCUAGGCAGAAGAAGGUUUCGUGAAUUGAGACAACGUAUGCAAACAGAAGAUGAUGAUAUUCCAAUUAAUAGUUCCCCUCCAGAUAGUCAAACAUCAUCUAUCGAGGGUGUUUAUCCCACUCCCUCAAAGACAACUCAUCCAUUUAGGAUUAUAGAACAUGAUACUCUUAGUUUACAAAGCAUAACAUCUUUAGGACGAGUGGGUCGAAUUUUAGCUGGAGUUGGGGACACUGCGUCUGUUACGCUUGCACCAAAUGUAACUCAGUGUCCUUCUUCUGGCAUCCUUACCCGUGAAAGCCAGAUGUCCUCCAUUGCUAGUAUCCCAAGCAAAGACGAGGACACAGCAUCUGGUAAGGUGUCCCAGUCCUCCAGCAUCCUUACGUUAUCAGGGGAUAUCCUUCAGGAAUCCUCUGUUAACAGUAGGUCCAAUUAUGCUUCUCACUCACAAAAUGAUAAGACUGUUAUGCUUCAAGAACCUGAUGUCAUCGCUAGUACAAAGAAUAAUGGAAAGUCAAACGAAGAUAUUACUAUGGCUGGAAUACCUGUUGCGCCACCAAGACGUAAAAAAAAGUCAAAAGCUCAAACACCUUCUGAUCUUGCACCUUCUACGACAGAAUCAGCAUUAUCCACUUCGCCAUUACCGAGUCCAGCAAGUACUAUUGAAUCCAUUACUAGAGAAUUUGAACAUUCUCUUGAUAUUCGAUCUGCAACGAAGGGACAAUAUGUUGUUAAACCACAAGAUGAAGAUAAAUCAAAAGCUGAAGGCCCAUCGAGCGAAGAAUUGGUAAGAGUGGAAAAAAUGAAAGCUGAAUUAAUGAACGUGAGAUCAAAUGAGAAGUCUAGUAGUCCACUGGGAUCCAUGUCUAAUAACAGUAUCGGCCGUUAUUCAUUAGGUCCUCAUAAACUAACAGGCUUAAGUCCUCAAGGUUCAAAAGAAAGACGAAAAUCAGCAGGUGAUCAAGAUAUGGUUCAACAAUUAAAUAUGUUUGUAAGAACAAGAACAGAUUCUGGGAAACGACUAACUGAUAUGGAAAUUUUGGAGCAAGUAACUGUUCUAAACUUAGAUACCGGUGAAAGAGUACCAUUAAGUAUAGCAGAAGAUAAAUUACCACAGUGUAUCAAUCCUUUGUCACUUCAUAUUAUGAGACUCACUUCGGAAUAUAUAAGUAAUUCUAGUCUAGAAAAAGAAAAAGAAAGUGAUGAGGAAAGUGUUGAUAGUAAAAUGUCUAGUAUACCACCAGAUGAAGAUGUAUCUGUUGGCAGAGUUCGAAAAAGAACGCAGAAGUUAAAACGAUUUUUAGGAUCUACCGUUAAGAAAACAAUGGACAAAGCAAAAUCUAUUGCACAAGAAGUAUCGCAUGCAAGACAUAAGGAAGAUGUUAUGGAUAUAGUAGAUGAAGUAUAUCCUGGUGAACAGCAAUACAUAAAACUGAAAGCUUCUAAUAGUCACAAAGGACCAUAUGAAUUUAGUUGUUUACAGCAUGUUCAAGAUUUAAGUGGCGAACAUGUGGGCCCUGUUUGGUGUAUGAAAUUUUCAGUUUGCGGACGAUUACUCGCUACUGCAGGACAAGAUCGAGUUCUAAGAAUUUGGGUUUUACGGGAUGCCUUUACAUAUUUUCAAGAUAUGCGAACUAAAUACAAUGCUGAAAAAGUUAGUCCAACACCUUCCCAAGAGUCUUUGGUUUCGCAACAGUCUAUGGAGGAUCCCAAUGUCGUGGCUAGUGCCUUUAGUGAAAUAGAAGGGACAAAAAGUCCUUUUAUGCCAAAACCAUUUUGCACUUAUAUCGGACAUACUUCGGAUUUGCUCGACGUUUCAUGGUCUAAAAAUUAUUUUGUCUUAUCGUCGUCGAUGGAUAAAACUGUGCGGCUUUGGCAUAUAUCACGAAAGGAAUGCUUAUGUUGCUUCCAGCAUAUUGAUUUCGUUACAGCAAUUGUAUUUCAUCCUCGUGAUGAUCGUUAUUUCCUCUCUGGAUCUUUGGACGGUAAACUUCGACUAUGGAAUAUUCCGGACAAAAAAGUAGCUGUGUGGAAUGAAGUCGAUGGACAUACUAAAUUAAUUACUGCGGCAAACUUUUGUCAAAAUGGGAAAUUCGCAGUGGUUGGUUCUUACGAUGGCCGAUGUAUAUUUUACAACACCGAUCAGUUAAAGUAUCACACGCAGAUACACGUACGAUCAACAAGAGGUAAAAAUUCAACAGGAAGAAAAAUUAGCGGCAUCGAACCAAUGCCGGGAGAAGAUAAGAUUUUAGUUACAUCAAAUGAUAGCCGAAUACGCUUGUAUGAUUUGCGAGAUUUGAAUUUAUCAUGCAAAUACAAAGGUUACGUUAACGUCAGUAGUCAAAUUAAGGCAAGCUUUAGUCCUGACGGACAAUAUAUAGUCAGUGGUUCGGAAAAUCAAUGCAUUUAUAUUUGGAAAACUCAUCAUGAUUACUCCAAAUUUUCAAGCGUACGUAGAGACCGAAAUGACUUCUGGGAAGGUAUAAAAGCUCAUAACGCUGUAGUAACAUGCGCAGUAUUUGCACCAAAUCCAGAUAGUAUUAUUAAACAAAUUGAAGAAAGAGAGCAGUGGGAAGGUAAAGAAGAUGCAAAAAAUCUAGGUAGUUCAACCGUAGAUGUUCCUCCGGUCGAUCCUGUGGUCGAGCAGCGUACUAAAGGCUGUGGCGGUCAUGUUCUUGUGAGUGCAGAUUUCAAUGGCUAUAUAAAGGUUUUUCUAAAUAAGACAAAACCUAAGCACAGUUCCCUACCAGCAUCUGCUCUCGCGUAACACUACACUAGAUUUAUUUGUGCACUGUUGUUAAUA